CGCCAUCAGAGCACAGCACUUGUUAUGCGGAUUGGAUGGGCGCCGUGUGUCAGUCGAGUCAUUCGACAUAAUGUGAAAGCUCCUCGGAGACUGCUGUCUGCGCUGGUCCGCCCUGAACAGCCACAGCUUUCGAAAACUCGAAACAUUGGCAUUAUCGCGCACAUUGAUGCCGGAAAGACGACGACGACGGAGCGUAUGCUCUAUUACAGCGGUUACACGCGAAGAAUUGGAGAUGUCGAUGAAGGCUCUACAGUUACAGACUUCCUCCCAGCCGAGCGGGCCCGAGGAAUCACAAUUCAGUCCGCCGCUAUUACAUUUCACUGGCCCCCGCUCAAUGAGCAAGCACCAUCAGCAUUAGAACAGGAGCUUCCAGAGAUGUUUGACUUGGUUCCUCGCUCCACCAUCUCGCAUAAUAUCAACCUCAUUGAUACCCCAGGUCAUGCCGACUUCACUUUUGAGGUACUCCGAUCUCUUCGGGUUCUUGAUGGCGCCGUCUGCAUCCUUGAUGGCGUUGCCGGCGUUGAAGCGCAAACAGAGAAAGUGUGGAUGCAGGCAGGUCAUUACCAAAUCCCGCGGAUAGUCUUCGUCAACAAGCUCGAUCGAGUUGGUGCUGCAUUUUCCCGGACUGUCAAAGAAAUUGGGGUACGAUUACAUGGCUGGCCCGCUGUAUGCCAGAUCCCCUGGUGGAGGGGCGGAAAUGGCGAAUUUAUUGGUGUAGGAGACGUUGUCUACCUCCGAGGCAUGCUAUGGCAGGGUGCAACGGAUGGGAGCCAUAUCCAUGCAUUCAGCCUUCAGGAAAUGGAGAGUCAUGACAAGAACUUUGCCAGUGAAAUCAAAAAUGCCCGCAGAGCCCUCGUUGAGCUUCUGAGCGAGCACGACGAUGGCAUGGUUGAACUAUUCUUAGAAUACGGCGAAGACCACCUUGCAAUCCCUGGAACUCAUAUCAUAGAAUCACUCCGUAAGACUGUGCUGCAGGCUCCCCAGAAGAUUAUUCCAGUCUUCGCAGGGGCCAGCUUCCGGAACAUAGGCGUCCAGCCCCUUCUCGACGGGAUCGUCGAUCUUCUACCAUCUCCUGUCGAACGUCCGGAUCCAGAGAUCAGUCUUGGCGGGAGAAGUUGUAAACUCUCACAGCUGCUGGAGGGUAAUGCCCAUGACUUGAUACCCCUGCCCACCAGUAGGAAUCAAAAGCCUCUCGAUGCCAGAAACCUCGUAGCUUGUGCUCUAGCUUUCAAAGUUGUCAACGAUGUCAAACGUGGUAUUCUUGUCUAUGUCCGAGUAUACUCAGGUUCCAUAGAUAAAGGCUCAACACUAUUCAACACCAAUCUCGGCUCCGCCGAACGCGUACCAAAGCUACUGAAAAUGUACGCCAGCGACGCCGUGGAAGUCGACUCCAUCCCAGGCGGUCAAAUAGGCGUUAUUCCGGGCCUCAAGCAGGCACGUACUGGAGACACUCUUAUCGUUUAUAAGGGAUUAAACGUCAAGUCGCAACUUCCGUCUCCAGUAAAUACUCUACAACUGCGGCCCAUUCAAGUUCCGCCUCCGGUUUUCUUCACCAGUAUCGAACCACACUCCUUGAGCGAGCAGAAACAUGUCCUAGACACGCUAUCCAUCCUAUUGAGAGAAGACCCAAGCCUUCAGUUGUCCGUUGACGAGGAAUCGGGACAGACGCAUCUUGCGGGUAUGGGUGACCUCCAUCUCGAAAUUGCUCGUGAUCGGCUCUUGAAUGAUUUUAAAGCUAAAGCUAGGAUUGGAAAAAUUGAAAUCGGAUACAGGGAGACUAUUAAUUCAGCUUCGUCUCCGUACACGUCUCAUCUAGAGAGGAUCAUUGCUGGGAAAGUGGCAAAAGCGAGCAUAACGGUCUCGGUCACACCCAUAAAUCAGUCCGCACAGCCCGACUUUACGCGAGACGAAGACCCUUACACAACAGCCUACGAAACCGAAGAUGGGAAUUGUAUCACAAUAGCGCAUCCUGAGCUCUCCAAAAUUGAUAGCCAGCACCCUUUAAUCCCACCCCACCUCAACUUCUCUCAAAUCCUAGCCGCUAUCCACACUGGUGCCUGUGCCGCCUUAGCACGUGGCCCAGUAAACGGUUUUCCAAUCGCAUUCACCGCUGUAACCAUUCAGCUCGACGCCAAAAAGCACAUAUCCACUGAGACCAACUCCUCCGCGAUCUCGACAGUAACCCGACAAGCUGUAUCUUCAAGUCUCCGAGCCUCGUGUGAGGUAUCUCCAUCUACGCUCAUGGAGCCCGUUAUGCUUGUGAAUAUCUUCGUACCCGAAUCGUCAAUGGGGAGUGUAGUUCAAGACGUCAGUUCCGCACGCGGAGGGCAGGUACUCUCUCUAGACGGCCCCGAUUCCACUCCCUCAACUAUUGAAGAUCUUCACAUCAAUCCGUCCAAAAUUUAUACUCCUCCAGAUCCGUUUUCUUCUGGGUUCCUCGAGACGAGUCUGAGUGACAGCCAGCGACAGAUUGUUGCCCGGGUGCCUUUAAAAGAAAUGGUUGGGUACCUCAGCCACCUACGUUCGCUCACGGGCGGCCGUGGCACGUUUGUCAUGCAAGUUGAUGGAUUCGAGAAGAUGAGUGAGCUUCGACAAAGGGGGGUUCUAGAGGGUUUGCGGGAAUGUAUCUGA